AUGGCAAAGAAACUAAUAGCUCUCGCAUUCACUCUUAUAAUUCUCUUCGCUGUUCUCAUUGCAAUAAUAGGUGUUUUCAGAACGUCAAGGUAUGCUCUCUUAACUUCUAUGCUUUUACAAUAUCAGAUGGUGGUCGUUGAUAACGGUAUCAUCCAAGUUACCUUCUCAAGUCCACAAGGUUUAAUAACUGGAAUCAAGUACAAGGGCUUUGACAAUGUGUUGAACAACAAAAUUAAAAAUCGUGGGUAUUGGGACGUAAUGUGGUAUGAACCAGGACAAGAACAACUUAUCGAUCUUUUAGAAGGAGUAAAAUUCAACGUCAUAAAUCAAACAAGUGAGCAUGUUGAGAUUUCAUUUUCACGAGCUUGGAAGAUUUCUCAACGUGGCUCACUGGUCCCGUUAAAUGUAGACAAACGAUAUAUAAUUCGAAGAGGGGUAUCUGGAAUAUACAUGUACGCUGUGUUAGAGAAGUUAAAAGGCUGGCCAACUGUGGACAUGGACCAAACCAGGAUCGUCUUCAAGCUUAACACAAAAUUUGAUUUUAUGGCUAUAUCUGAUCAACGGCAAAAAAUUAUGCCUUCUGAAAUCGAUCGAGAUAUUACUAAUAAGCGUGCUAAUCCAUUAGCUUAUAAAGAAGCUGUUCGUUUGAUAAAUCCCCAAAAUCGUAUAUUUAAAGGGCAGGUUGACGAUAAGUAUAUGUACUCGAUGGAAAACAAAGACAACAAAGUACAUGGCUGGAUCUCGUCCGACCAACGUGUCGGCUUCUGGAUGAUUACUCCCAGCGAUGAGUUUCGUGUCUGUGGGCCCCCCAAACAAGAACUAACUUCUCAUGUUGGACCCACCACACUCUCCAUGUUUACAAGUUUACAUUACGCGGGGAAAGAUAUGAACACAACUUAUACAAGCAUGGAGCCGUGGAAGAAGGUGUAUGGUCCUGUCUUUGUUUAUCUCAACUCUGCCUCCUCUCCUAAUCGUCUCUGGACCGAUGCUAAACGACAGAUGGUUGCGGAGGUUCAUAGUUGGCCAUAUGAUUUCGUGAAGUCAGUAGAUUACCCUCUUCAUCAACAAAGAGGGACGGUCAAAGGUCAAUUCUUUGUAAUGGACAGAUACAUAAGCAAGUCGAAGUUAUUUGGGAAAUUUGCUUUUGUGGGUUUAGCAAUGCCCGGUAAAGCUGGUUCAUGGCAAACCGAAAACAAGGGAUAUCAAUUUUGGACAACAGCUGACAGAAUGGGGAUAUUCACAAUAACGAAUGUGAGACCAGGGAGUUAUAAUCUAUAUGCAUGGGUUUCUGGACAUAUUGGUGACUAUAAAUACGAGCGUGACAUUACCAUCACACCAGGUAAUUCAAUAUAUAGUACAAUAUAUAAAAUGAACUAUAUGUUCAAUGAUCCAUUUACAUCCAACCAGAGAAGCAUGCAUAUCCAUUAGGUCCAUACAUUUUCUGUAAUCGGUAUCUUCUGGUGUAGUUUUUUACAACAUCAUUUGAGGUUCGGUGUAGGCAGGGAGAUAGACGUAGGAGCCAUACUGUAUGAGCCGCCCAGAAUCGGCGCUACACUGUGGGAAAUCGGAAAACCAGACCGGACUGCUGCAGAAUUCUAUAUCCCAGAUCCGGACCCAACCCUUUCGACCAAACUCUAUCUUAAUAACUCUUAUCAACCUCAAGACCGGUAAAUAUAAUUAAGCACUAACUGAACAUUAUUUAAAGUGUAUCUUGUUGAGAUAUUAAAUGGUGUGGUUUAUUUUUAUAUAUAAUAGAUUUAGACAAUAUGGUCUAUGGGAUCGGUACACUGCUUUGUAUCCUCGAAAUGAUCUUGUUUAUAUUGUUGGAGUAAGUGAUUAUAAAAAAGACUGGUUCUAUGCACAUGUGACCAGGUAAAUAAUACUGAUACACUAUAUAGUUCAAAAUGAUGUGUGUAUAAUUUAUUUUUAAAUAUAAUGAUACACUAUAUAUAUAUCUAUCUGUUUGUAGAAAUGCUGGAAAUGGGACAUAUCAAGCAACGACAUGGCAAAUUGUGUUUAGAUUGAAAGCAGUGAUUAAAACUGGGAACUACACGUUUCGAAUGGCUUUGGCUGCAGUCACGACUGCAAAUUUAUCUGUUCGGAUCAACGUACCUACGUCCAAACCUAUUUUCAUGAUUGGGCUAAUAGGUCAAGAUAACGCGAUCGCUAGACAUGGGAUUCAUGGGUUAUACAACUUGUAUGAUAUCAAUGUUGGUGGAAACUUACUUAGGGUUGGUAAUAAUACGAUUUUUCUCACUCAAGAUCGGAGAUGGGGAUCGUUUACAGGUGUUAUGUAUGAUUAUCUACGUCUGGAAAGUCCUCAGGAAGUUUGAUAUAUUUUUAAGAUGUCAAAGUCGAACUAAUACAUUUAAAUAAAUGCUUCUCAAACUAAACUAACCAUAUGUACUUUGGUCGCUAAAUUAAGUGAAGAAAACGAGGGAGAGAUAAAGAGAUCCGGAGAUGAUUUAAGGCUUUUACCUAUUUGACCGAGACAAUAAUCAUUCACUUUAUGGUUUGUUUGUUUAAGUUCCUAUCUUGUGUCAACCUAAUCAUUAGAAUAUUCAUGAAAAUAAUUUGGAAGAUGUAAUAUUCAUGGGAAAAUUGUGAAAAGAAAUGGAUACUGAAUCUAACAUGUAAUAUUGAGAGUUUCCUAUUAUCAAUGUUUUAUUUUCGACAUAAUAUAGACCGGUUUAAGUAGUUUUUAACUUUUUAAAUUAUUCUCGUUAUUUGAUGGCAAAA